AGGACAGAUUCACAGAGGAAACUUCUGCACAGGGACACGGAGAGGGCGAAGGGGACAAGCGUGCCCUCAGGGUUGCCGCCAAGCCCCUGGAGAAGUUGGUCCUGGUGCUGCCGACUCUCAGACGACACAGCAGUCAUGGCCCGACGGAGCGCUGAGCUGUCCCACUGCUGAGCGACGGGGCAUCCCAGAGGGCAGGAGACAUGUUGGGACAGAGGCCUGGUGACCAUUGCACUGAAGUCUGUUACUAUAGCAACUACUGUAGUAACCAUGGAAAUGCUAUGGAGGACUGGUCUGGCCUGUGCUGUCAUUGUGGCGAUGGUUGCCACAGAGGUCGCUGGAGGUCGCAGAGAGGAUUUCACGCAAUCACAAGCUGCUUUUCUGUCCAGUCUCGGCCAGUAUGAAAUCGCCAUUCCAGUUCGUCUCGGGCCCAAUGGCGAAAUACUGGACAAACAUAAGACUCAACACAACCAAAGAAGAAGACGCAGCAGUGAUGACAGCCUGCCCGACUCUCUCUUCUACCAGCUGUCCACAUCACAAAACAACUUCUUGCUGAAUCUGACGCUUCAGGGAGGUCUGCUGUCCCAACAGUUCAGAGUGGAGUACUGGAAGAAGGGUCGAUUGGCCUGGAGUCACCCUUACUCUCCUCACUGUCACUAUGUGGGACACCUCCAAGACCAGCCGCACUCCAGCAAAGUGGCCCUGAGCAACUGUAACGGCCUGCAGGGGGUAAUUGUUGCCGGGGGAGAGGAGUACCUCAUAGAGCCCCUUGUCUCACCAGAUAACCAAACCAGGACAGAGAGGGAGGAGAGAGCAGAGGGGCGCCCCCAUGUGGUUUAUAAACGGUCAUCGCUCCGAUAUCAGUACAAGGGCCAAUCCUGCGGAGUCAUUGAUGAAAAGCCAAUGAAAGGUGCAAUGUGGUGGCAGCGCACUCUGAAGACCCCCCCGCAUCACGUCGGCCGGGGCCAGCUGCCCCUGAAGCGCUCGGUCAGCCGGGAGCGCUACGUGGAGACGCUGGUGGUGGCUGACAAGAUGAUGGUGGGUUACCAUGGCCGCAGGGACAUCGAGCAGUACAUCCUGGCCCUGAUGAAUAUUGUUGCCAAACUGUUCCAGGAUUCUAGCCUGGGGAAUGCAGUCAACAUAGUGGUGACGCGGCUUAUCCUGCUCAUGGAGGACCAGCCAAAUCUAGAGAUUAAUCACCAUGCCGGAAAGUCUCUAGACAGUUUCUGUAAGUGGCAGAAAACCAUCCAGCAUCGGAGCAGCUACGGGAAUGCCAUACCAGACAACGGCAUCGCUCACCAUGACACUGCUGUGCUUAUAACCAGGUACGAUAUCUGCAUUCAAAAAAACAAGCCCUGUGAAACCUUAGGUUUGGCUCCAGUUGGAGGGAUGUGUGAGCCUGAGAGAAGCUGCAGCAUCAAUGAGGACAUCGGUCUGGGAACAGCUUUCACCAUCGCCCAUGAGAUGGGACAUACGUUUGGGAUGAACCAUGACGGUAUGGGGAACGCCUGUGGGCCUCGCAGUCAGGAGACCGCCAAGCUGAUGGCUGACCACAUCACCAUGAAGACAAACCCGUUCAUCUGGUCCACAUGUAGUCGAGAUUACAUCACCAGCUUCCUGGACUCUGGUAUGGGCUCCUGUCUGAACAACAUUCCACCGAAGCAGGAGUUUGUGUAUCCCACCACGGCGCCGGGUCAGGCCUACGACGCAGAUGAACAGUGCCGUUUCCAGUAUGGUGUCAGAUCUCGCCAGUGUAAAUAUGCUGAGGUCUGCAGUGAACUGUGGUGCAUGAGCAAAAGCAACCGCUGCAUCACCAGCAGCAUUCCUGCUGCGGAGGGAACCAUCUGUCAGACCAACACCAUAGAAAAAGGGUGGUGCUACAAGAGGGUGUGUGUGGCAUAUGGUACUCGUCCAGAGGGCAUAGAUGGAGGCUGGGGUCUGUGGACACCCUGGGAGGAGUGCAGCAGGACAUGUGGAGGUGGAGUGUCCUCUUCUGUCAGACACUGUGACAGCCCCAGACCAACUAUUGGCGGGAAGUAUUGUCUGGGAGAGAGAAAGCGUUUCAGGUCCUGCAAUAUUGAUGAAUGUCCAGCAGGCUCUCGGGAUUUCCGUGAGAUUCAGUGUGCUGACUUUGAUAGUGUUCCUUUCCGGGGAAAAUUUUACACCUGGAAACCUUACAGAGGAGGUGGGGUGAAGCCCUGCUCUCUGAACUGCCUUGCAGAAGGAUACAACUUCUACACAGAGCGUGCUCCAGCUGUGGUGGACGGCACGCCGUGCCGAGAUGACUCUCUGGACGUGUGUGUAAAUGGAGAGUGUAAGCACGUCGGUUGUGACCGUGUGCUCGGCUCCGAUGUACGUGAGGAUCGCUGCCGGAUCUGUGGGGGUGAUGGGAGCAGCUGCGUCUCUUUGGAGGGGGUCUUCAAUGACUCGCUGCCUGAAGGAGGUUACGAAGAGGUGGUCAGAGUCCCAAAGGGAUCCGUCUUCAUUCACAUUCAAGAGCUCAAUAUCUCCCUCAACUACCUGGUGCUGAAGGGUAAAGGUGACCAGUACUAUAUCAACGGGAAACUGACCAUCGACACGCCUCGCAGGUUCAACGUUGCCGGCACCACCUUCCACUACAGACGACCCACCGAUGGACCAGAAACACUCGAAGCUCUGGGGCCAACAAAUAUGACCCUCAUCGUCAUGGUGUUGGUGCGGGAGGAAAACCCAGGGAUCCACUAUCGUUUUAACCCCCCCCUCAACAGGGACCCGCUGACUGGCUUUGCCUGGCACUACACCUCCUGGUCGCGCUGCUCAGCUCUCUGUGCUGGAGGCGUGCAGGUGCAGCAGGUGGUGUGUAGAAAGCAGACAGAUCAUUCAGUCACCUAUAACCACUUCUGUGACAAGAAGAACAAACCCAAGGAGAAGAGACGAUCCUGCAAUACUGAGCCAUGCUCCCCAUCCUGGUGGACAGGAGAAUGGUCGGAGUGCAGCCGCAGUUGUAAUGGCGGCCUGCGGACUCGAGAGGUUCUGUGUAAACGACGGAUCUCUGGGACGGAGGAGAAGGUUCUGGAUGACUUGGCCUGCACCACCCCUCGUCCUUCACCCACCGAGCCCUGCAGCAACCACAGCUGCCCCCCUGAAUGGCUGGCUCUGGACUGGUCGGAGUGUACGCCCAGCUGUGGCCCGGGCUACAGGCACCGUGUGGUCUUGUGUAAGAGUGGGGAGAGCGGCGACACGUUGCCUGAGUCCAAGUGUUCCAAACAGGGCCAGCCUACCUCCAGAGUGCGCUGUAACCUGCAGCGCUGUCCGCCCCCUCAGUGGGUGGCUGGUCCCUGGGGAGAGUGCUCUGCCAAGUGUGGUCUGGGUCAGGAGAUGCGUUCAGUGCAGUGUCUGACGCACACCGGCCAGCCAUCCAGCGAGUGCCUGGAACAUCAGCGGCCUGCAGCCAUGCAGCAGUGCAAGAGCAAAUGUGACCUCAGUCUGCCCGUCGGUACAGACAACCCUGAAGAGUGUAAAGAUGUGAACACUGUGGCCUACUGCCCCCUGGUGCUCAGAUUUAAGUUCUGUAGCCGACCAUAUUUCAGACAAAUGUGCUGCAAGACCUGCCAGGGACACUGACUCCACGAGAGCCUCAGCAUCCUUCUCUGGGUUCUGAUUCCUCACACAGUAAGCCUGACACCCUCCCACUGAGCCUGAUAACAGCAGUCCCAUCCGAAGACUGUCACAUCCAAGUGGGACGCUGUCAAACAGACGCCGAGUCUCGUGAACUGGUCUGAAGAGACCUUUGUUUCCUCCACCCAGAGUCCCUAUCAAGUGUGUCUCUGGGCUGAGUUUAUACAUUCCACAGGAGCGAGGGCUGCUGAAACCUGGAGAGGCAAAGAGAGGAAAAAUGCUCCCUCUCCAUCUCUUCAUUUUCCUGUUAUAUUUUGGUGCUAUUAUAUUUCACUUUGGCCACAGGACUGUUCACAGUAUCACUUUUCUUUGCUGCAGUGGUCUAAAAGUUUAGCUUUAUCUCUUGAACCUGGGUGCCAAUAGGUGAUAUGUCUUCAGUUAUUAGUUGUUUAAGAUCCACUUUAUAAAGGAAAUAAUUUGUCCACGUUUUGUUGCCCACACAGAGGAAUAUGUUAUGUUAUGAAAUAACUGUUUCUAUGUUAUCUGACAGUUAUUACUUGACCCUGUUGGUAUAUGUUAUUGCUUUGUUUCAUAUCAGUAUAUUCAUGGAGUCCUCACUGUUUAACAGCUGAAGUAUGAGCAGAGUUUGAUUUGCACAAAGAGUCAACAGUAGGAGGACUCAUGUCUGUCCUCAUGCGACUUGGACUUGAAUCCCUCACUGCCAUGAACUUGCCACAGUUUUGCCAUUUCAGUGAACUUGUGUUGACAUUCUCACCUCUGCAGUACAUCUGUGUUUCUCGCUGCCGUAGUAAUGUGAGCAAAUCUGGUGCUUUUCACGUUACUUGUGUCACUUUGAAUUGAGGCUGUGCUUAAGGUUUUAAAUGGAAACACUGUGUCAUCAUCUGAAAUUCCCUUAUUGCAGCAACGCUGUUGAUUUCUUCUCUUCUGUCUUCACCACAUGUGCGACGGUGCGAGUGACUCGUACUGUGGUGGGAGUUCAGAGCACAGUGAGCCACAGCAAGUCGACUCUGCCAGCAGGAACAGGAUGAGUGGAGACUGCACUGCUUUUAAAGAGCAUUGCCAUAGCUAGACCUUUACCUGAAGAUGUGUUUAUACACAUGCAAAAUUGGUUCGUUGUGGAUCAGAUCAGAUCAAUUCACGGUCGCCUAGACCUUUGUCUCAGUCUUAAGAUUUAUCUUCUACUGUGAUCACAUUGAAAAGGCCAAAAUUUAUUUGGGGGUUUUUGGCAACGUGUGAAACCGAAACUAGGAUUUCAUCACACUGUUUGGGUGAUUGUUCCAAAUUUAAUGUCAAAGGGAAGUUGCAUCUCAAAGUUACAUUUAAAGGGAAGUCGUAUUUCUGAACACCUGGAAAAUCCAGUUUUACAUCCAGUUGACACUCGGUUAAUAAUUUCCGCCAAACCCUGAGGAAAUGUUCUUCUCUCUGGCAGCUUGCCAUUUGCAUCCUUAAAGCUUAAAGGUAGAAUAUGUUCGACUAAAUAAUAUCACAUUGUGUGUUGAAUGGCUGUGUUGUAUUUUUACAGCAACAUUCAACACUCCGACUAUUAGAGAUUGAGAAGUUUGUUACAAUUUUUUUUUUUCUUUUUUUGGGGGCAGGGAGGAAUACUUGUAAAAUGUAAUUAUAUGGAACCAGCAGUUGAUUGAUUAAAAGAAAAAAAGUAAUUGUUCUCGAUAUUACAAUUUUAAGUGUCUUUAGUGAUGAAGGUAGAUUUAGUAGUUGGUAGUUCAUUACAUAUUUGUAUAUAUUCAUGGUAAACACUGGAUUUAGUCAGUGAGUAGAUGGCUUGGAUGACUCUAAAGAUAAUACAGCCAUUAUUUUAUACUUAAAUUCUUUUAUCAAGCUGUAGCUUACUUAGCUCUACUUUAUGUAGCAAACCAACAGCAAAAACAACUAUGUUACACAAUAUAAAACACACCUUUAUAGUUAGUAUUGCUAUUGGCUUCUCCUACAUAAGUUUUUUUUUUCUUUCCAAGUAUCAGUGUUUAGUACUUGAGCCACGUUCAAUAAAAUGAUUUAGUGUUCUGCAGAUUCACAGAUUAUGCCAUAGUAUAUACACAGGGCCCAAAUGAACUUUAUGAGUUUAGCAUCAGAGAAAUUGUACUCCAAACCUUUAUUUACUUUAUGCUUCUACAAAUGUGAUUUCAUGCUGAGAUCAGGAAGCAGUGUUGAUGGUGGCAGAAUGCUCUGAGUUUACUUUUUCUCAUGUGGAUGACGGUUACAUUAACAGACUAGAUGAACGAGUGACUCAGAAAGCCACGUUAUGGUUCAGAGGUGUCAGGGGCCUCGUCAACUCGGUUUCAAACACUCUCCAGUUCAGGCACAGCUCCUUUUCAUUGGGCUGAAUGAAGAAAAAUAGCAGCAUGCUCUUUUGAUAACAACAACUCCACUUUUUCCCCAUAUGUUCAACACUCUCGAGAGAGAUUUAGACUUUUUUUAUUAUUAUUGUUUUAUGUUAUUUGUGAAUCAUUUAAACGGCAAUUCUUACCUAUUAUACCUUUAAUCUUUGUGAUGUGUUAUUCUCUGUUGAUUUGACACCAUGAGCGACACCUUUAAUGUCUCUACGUGACACAUAAUAAUUGUGAAAAGAGAGAAUGGGCUCAGAAAACUGAGUCCAAUAAAAUAUUCUAAUCUAAGAAGCCAAAUCAAAUCAGGACAAAACAGAAGUUUAAUAAUACUUUGAUUUUUUUUUUUUUCUUUUAAGGAUGAUUACUCUUCUCGUCUGUAGAUUCGACAUCUCCUGACCUGAUUUGCCAGUGAGCAGUUUCAUUGACAGGUUUUAAAGCAGAAGUUUUAGCUUAUCAUUGUGCGAAAACUAAUUUUAGAAUUGCAAUUUCGCAGAAUUACAAAUCUGUCACUGGGUCUGACGGCAUCACUGUGGCUUCCACUGUGCUCUGAAGUCACUGCGACGCUGAUCCCCUCUGUGCAGCACUUCGUGUUGAAGAGAGGAAGCUAUAGUACGAACUCACUGCAGUGUUCUUCCUGUUUAUUUUCUUGUGGUGCUUUGGUUUGAAAUGGUGCUAUUAGUUAACUGUUGAUGUUUCCAGGUUUUCAGUUUAACGAUUGUU